ACGGGCGCCUGGGUAACACGAAACAGGGAACCUUAGCAAGUCCAUUCAUUUGCCCAUCAGUAAUCGCCCUGCACCACAAGCCACAUCACCACGCACCCAGUCUGCCUGCCCAUUGUCCCUCGCAAGCCUCGCGCAGGACCGGCCCAACACAUCAGCUCAACCGUUGCAAGCGCCCCGUUUCAGUGACAGCGCCCGCGGAGAGACACGAGCUCGCAUCGCCGCCGCCGCCGCCGCUGCUGCCGGUAUCAACCCUCCGCGACCGACGACGACGCCCCGCCGCCGCCUCCGCCUCGAGGGGCUCACCUCCCCAGCCGAGGGCGCAUCCAAGUCGCCGGUCAAUACACCUGACCGUGCCGGCCGCCAAACGCCUCACCGGUCCUCACAACGCACCCCCGUCUGCUGCGGUGACGGACACGCACUCCGUUCGAGAUCCGCCCUUUCUUCGUCGAGCAGCGACCCGAUCGAACGUCUUCGCGCACCCUCGUUACCGACUCGAAACCGCGUUCGUGGCGCCCGCUCACAGCGUCAGGCUUCGCUGCAGUCCUCCAUUUCGGCGGCGUUGCUUACGCUGUGGUAUUGAGGCUUGCAGGGGGCUGAAAAAGCUGCGCGAUACAUGCUCAAACGGCAGGGUUCCCGCGCAUCUUCCUGACGCCAGCCUGGCCCAAUAAGCACAACUAUCGCUGCCCAGCACCCGUUGCUGGCGAUUAUUUCGUCGUCCACAGUGCUGCCUCCUGUAUCCUCACUCGAAACCUUCGACUCUUCAUUCAAAUGCUGCCGCCAUGGAUGGCUACUAUUCCCACUCACAGCUGCCUCCGCAGGAGCUGCAGCGCCAGCUCUCUCAGCAGCAAGAUCAGCAGCAGCAGCAGCAGCAGCAGGAUCAUCAGCCGGACCACCAACACCAGCACCAUCAUCAGCAGCAGCACCAGCAGCAGCAGCACCAGCAUCAACAGCAGCACCAACAUCAGCAACAUCUUCGGGGAGGAAGCAUGAGCAUGUCCAUGCAACACUCUCUCCAGCAGCCCGGCAUGUCCCAGGUGAUGCAAGAGCCGUCUACGUUGUCUGGUGACUCGCUCGAUGAGAUAAUACGAAAUAGCCAAGAAGGUACUCAGCGUCGCAGGAGUAUGCCGCACGCCUACGGCAAUCAUGUGCAGCAAGAACAGAACCAGAGGCGCAUGUCAGCCAUGGGAGCCUCAGAGGGCCUGGCGGGCUUUGGGACCGACAACACGGACCUCGGCGCCUAUCAGUUCAACCAGUCAAUGGGACCCCCUUCCGGCCUCUCCAACAUCAAUACCAGCCUCGGCAUGCCAGAUCAGAUGGGAAACUUCAUGCCCGACCCCAACGACUAUUCAACUAUUUCGCCUGACAUGAUGGGCUCCAUGAUUCCUGCCUCGUUUGCCAACAUGGACAUGGGACACAUGGCCAACGAUCCAUCCAUGAGCUUGCUCUCAGCACCGGGUAAUGCACCAGAUCCCAUGGCAGGGGCCUUUGAUCCCGACCAGAUGGCUCAGCUCGGGACAGAUUUCUCGAUAAACAUUAACCCCGACUUACGUAACAUACCCGCGGCGACUGGUGGCGCAUCGGGCCCCGUAGGCGGCAUGAGUGACGGUGACGAUGACAUGAUGGGCAUGCAGCAGCAGCAGCAGCAGUUCAGCUCAAUGACCUCACUUCCCAAUGCACCCGCCACCAACACCCUGAACCUCAAUCCAAACGCAGGUGGCCUUGCUCAGAGCAUGCCACCGCCAUUGUUGCGUCAUGUCUCGUCUGGUUCUGGCAUGUCCCCUCAGCGCGGAAACUCUACCACCAGUAUUACGCAGCAAAGCGCCGCUUCGGACGUGAAUACUCCUGCGACUGUGUCGACACCGCGCGAAUCCAAAGAGAAGGCAAUUUACUCCAAGAGUGGCUUCGACAUGCUCAAGGCUCUCUGGCUGGUCGCUACUCGCAAGGAGCCAAAGAUUCACUUGGGUGCAGUCGACAUGUCUUGCGCCUUUGUCGUUUGCGAUGUAACCAUGAACGACUGCCCGAUCGUGUACGUGUCUGAUAACUUUCAAAAUCUCACCGGCUACAGCCGCCACGAAAUCGUCGGACAAAAUUGCCGAUUUCUUCAGGCGCCGGAUGGCAAGGUCGAGGCCGGGUCAAAGCGCGAGUUCGUCGACGAUGGUGCUGUGUUCAACCUGAAGAAGAUGAUUCACGAAGGUCGUGAGGUACAGCAGAGCCUCAUCAACUACCGCAAGGGAGGAAAGCCGUUCCUCAAUCUGCUAACCAUGAUACCGAUUCCUUGGGACACCGACGAUAUCAGAUACUUCAUAGGGUUCCAAAUCGACCUCGUCGAGUGUCCAGAUGCCAUCUCUGGUCAGGAGCUUGGCGGAGUGAAGGUUGACUACAAGCACAGCGACAUCGGCCAAUACAUCUGGACACCACCGACUUCAAGUCAGUGGGAGCCCGAAAGCGGCCAGACACUGGGUGUCGAUGACGUUUCGACGCUGUUGCAGCAGUUCAAUCCGAAGGGGCUUGUCUCAGACUGGCACAAACAGUCGUGGGACAAGAUGUUGCUGGAAAACACCGACGACGUUGUUCACGUCUUGUCCCUGAAGGGUCUCUUCCUCUACUUAUCACCCUCCUGCAAGCGUGUGCUUGAAUACGAUGCUGGCGAUCUCGUUGGCAACGCGCUGUCCUCCGUCUGCCAUCCGUCGGAUAUCGUUCCUGUGACGCGCGAGCUGAAGGAUGCGACGACAGGCAGCCAGGUCAACAUCGUCUUCCGGAUUCGGAGGAAGCGCAGCGGCUACACGUGGUUCGAGAGCCAUGGUUCUCUUUUCGUCGAGCAAGGCAAGGGCCGCAAGUGCAUUAUACUCGUCGGUCGCAAAAGGCCCGUGUUUGCCCUCAGCAGGCAGAAUCUUGAAGCAAACGGCGGUAUUGGUGACAGCGAGCUUUGGACGAAGCUGUCGACUUCGGGCAUGUUUCUCUACGUCUCGUCGAACGUCCGAUCGCUCCUUGACUUGCAGCCAGAGACGCUUGUGGGCACAAGCAUUCAGGACUUGAUGCGUAAAGAGUCACGUCCAGAGUUUGGUCGAGCCAUCGAAAAGGCAAGAAGAGGCAAGAUUGUCACUUGCAAGCACGAGGUUCAGAAUCGUCGUGGGCAGGGGUUGCAGGCACAAACUGUGUUGUAUCCCGGCGACGCAAGCGAGGGCCAGAAGCCCUCAUUCUUACUGGCACAGACAAAGCUGCUCAAGGCAUCAUCUCGCAGUUUGGCUCCGGCGAGUGGCGGUGGAAGCACCAGAUCAGUAUCAGCGAUUCCCCGCAGCAACAGUCAGUCUCAGCUUGAUCAUGGUGACGGGAGUGUGUCUGGUGGUGGGCACUUGGCGCCAGGCACGCAAGACGCCGCGCUUGCCUCAGAUGAUAACAUAUUUGAUGAACUUCGGACAACAAAGUGCUCGAGCUGGCAAUUCGAGCUCAGGCAGAUGGAGAAAGUGAACCGAAUCCUCGCCGAGGAGCUCGGCGGUCUACUCUCUAAUAAGAAAAAAAGGAAGCGAAGAAAAGGCGUGGGCAACAUUGUCCGGGACUGCGCCAAUUGUCACACGCGGAACACACCUGAGUGGCGGAGGGGGCCCAGCGGGCAAAGAGACCUCUGCAACAGCUGCGGCCUUCGUUGGGCAAAGCAGACCGGCCGCGUGUCCCCACGAAACUCUUCAAGAGGCGGCAACAAUGGAAAUGGCGACUCGCAAAGUAAGAAGUCGGCGUCGCCAAUUCACUCUUCUCCGUUGCACAAAGAAUUGUCGUCCGAGACUCCGAACCCGCAUGCUGGCACAGGCAGCAACGCCACAGGCUCGAGAACGGACCGCAACGCCAAUAUUGAAUCGGCGCAGCUGAAGAACCAAGGGCCAGCCACAGCCGCGAGCGGUGCAUCAUCAGCAACUGGCCAAAACCCAACGACGACGAUGCCACCACCCAGCCAACCAUCGCUCUCAGGGGGAGCACCUGGGUCGUCUAUGACGUCUAUCCAGGAAGAACGAGAGACAAGCCAAUCAUAGUAGAUGGCCUAAGGACAAGUCCUGUGCCUGUGGCUGACCGGUCUUGUCCUUUCUGUUCCACACCCCGAGAGUUGUGUCUGCUAAAAGCGUUUCACUAUGCAAAGGACCAAGCAGGCAGUGGGAGUGGCUUGGACCACCAUUUGGCUUUAUGCUCAACGACCAAGUCUCUUCCAUUACGGCCCAUGAUGAAAUUGGAGCAGAUUGUUCUCUUUUUCUUUUUGCAACUGCCCGAAGAAUUGAGUGUGCGUUAUCGCCGGACACACCCCGCCACUGUUACACACUAUUAUACCACAUACACGAGGCGUUGAUGCCUUUUCCCUUACUCUUGUUGUUCAGUUUGCUUUUGCUUAUGACCCUCCAGUCCAGCUUCCAUUCCAGCGAAGUUCUUCUGCGUCUCCCCUUACUUUCUUCUCAAUAUUGUCAAGAGCACCCGCCACUAUUGGGUUCCCAAACCUAUCCUACUCGGGGUUCCGAAAACCAGUAUGGGUUUGGCAUGUUCAGGUUAAGGCACGCACAUGUCUUGUAGACAUUUGCCCAGGGUCGAACCCGAACCUGGGAGUCACGCAGAACAGCGUUGAUGGGCGCGAUGCGGCCGACCGUCGACAGCGACGAAGCGAUGGGAGGCCAAAGCGCAAAACUUUGUUCCAUCGGUGCGGCUGGCGGCCGAAACUGAUAGAGUUGAGACCUGGAGACCCAGAGGGCAUAUAACAACGACUGCGGAUUCUGGCUAUGAUACACGGAGAUGAAUCCAAAGACAGACAAGAAUUCCACAAAUGUUUGAACACCAUGAAAUCAGCAGUUGACGCAUCGCAUUCGUGCAUACCCUCCCAGUCCAGC